AUGCGCUCUUUCCUGCUCUUCUCUUGCUUCUUCGGGCUCGCGUGGUGCGACAUUCCAAGCCCUAAUUCCAAAAGCCACCCGUUGCGUCUCUGGUAUACGUCCCCGGCCUUAUACUGGAAUGACUCGUUACCCAUCGGUAAUGGUCGACUGGGCGGUAUGGUCAAGGGGUCGCCCUCGUCCGAACUGGUGUAUAUGAACGAGGACAGUUUCUGGUCGGGCGGUCCCUUGAAUCGCACCAACCCCAGCGCAUUCAGCUCGUGGCAGACAGUGCAGCAAUUGCUGCUCCAAGGUGACGUGUCGGCGGCAACGUUCGAGGCGAACCUGGGGCUGGCCGGAGUGCCUUCCAGCACGCGCGAGUACAUGCCCGGCGGAGACUUUCAGAUCGUCUUUCAGAACCAAGCUUCGGUGCAAACCUACGAGCGAUGGCUGGAUCUGAGUGAUGGUACUGCCGGCGUCUACUACACAGCCGGAUCGGUGGCGUACCAACGCGAAUAUCUCUCCAGUGCCGUCGCAGAUGUGGUGGCCAUUCAUCUGACGGCCUCGGUGCCCGGAUCCUUGAACUUUUAUAUCAAGUUCCAACGGUCCUCCAAUUCGCAAAACCGAUUCGCCGAGACGGCCUAUGCCGAAAAUGGUGAUACCAUUGUCUCGACCUUUCUGGGCAAUCAGAUUCGGGGAGUGUUUGCGGCCCAAGUGCGCACUACCGGUGGCUCGAAACGCCAAGUAGGCGACCAGAUCCUGGUGACAGGCGCUGAUGAGGCCUGGAUCGUCACAGACAUAGAGACCAGUGUGCGGGAGCCGAACCCACUGGCCGUGGCCAAGAAGAAACUUGCCGGCGCCCUGUCCUCCUCCUAUGACGCUCUGCGGUCCCAGCAUGUGGCCGACUACCAGACCCUCUUUAACCGCGCCAGCCUGUCGCUAGGCGCGUCGUCAGAAUCCCAAAACGCGCUGUCCACAGACCAGCGCCGCCAGGCCCUCGCCCCCGGCGAGUUCGACGCCGAAUUGGCCAGUCUUUACUUCCAGUUCGGACGAUACUUGCUUAUCUCCUCCUCGCGGCCGCACACCUUGCCACCGAACCUGCAGGGCAUUUGGAAUAACGACAUGAAUCCGGCAUGGGGAUCCAAGUACACGAUCAACAUUAACCUUCAGAUGAAUUACUGGCCGGCCGAAGUCACCAAUCUUCCUGAACUUACGGAGCCGUUGUUUUCGCUGCUGGAGACGGCCUAUGUGUCGGGCAAAAAAACGGCUAAACAGAUGUACGGAGCGGGAGGCUGGUGUCUGCAUCACAACACCGAUCUCUGGGGAGACUCGGCCCCCCAAGAUAUUUACUCCCCUGCAUCGUACUGGUCCCUAGGGGGUGCGUGGCUGCUACAGCACGUCUACGAGCACUACUUGUUUACGGGGGACAAGGCCUUCCUGAAGAAGUACUACUACCUGCUCUACGAGGCGGCGCAGUUCUUCCAUGACACACUGGACGACUACCAAGGUUGGAAAGUGACUAACCCGUCCGUUUCCCCGGAGAAUUCAUAUCGCAAUGGCAGUGUCAGCGGUGCCAUGACCGUUGGGUCCACCAUCGAUAAUUCCAUCCUGCGUGAGCUCUUUGCCAAUCUGCGCGACGCCACGACCAUUCUCGAUCUGCCGCACACCCCUCUUGUCGCCCAGGCCAUGGACUUGCACGCGAAACUUCCGCCGCUGCGGGUCUCCCCCACUACCGGCGUCCUCAUGGAGUGGAUCGAGGACUUUGUCGAGACUGAUCCGGGCCAUCGACAUCUGUCGCCUGUAUACGGGCUCUAUCCCGGACGCGAAAUCACUCCGUCCGAUACGACGAUUUGGAAUGCCUCCCGCGCCUUUGUCGAUCGAAGAGUAUAUCACGGAUCUGGCAACAUUGGCUGGUCUCGCGCGUGGAUUAUGAGCUUGCACGCCCGUCUCCACGAUGGACGUGGCGCCGAGAAUGACCUCUUCUAUCUAUUGAGCAAUCUCACCUACAACAGCCUGCUCGACUCGGGCCCCCCCGCCGGAUUCCAGAUAGACGGCAACUUUGGAGGCUGCGCUGCCAUUGCGGAAGCCCUGCUGCAGAGUCACAAUGGAGUGGUGAAGGUGCUGCCGGCCCUGUUUCCGUCCGCAUUAAACGGCAGCUUCUCUGGCUUGGUGGCUCGCGGCGGGUUUGUCGUCAAUGCCACCUGGGCCAACGGCUUGGUGAGCCAUGUGGCCGUGUUGUCUCGUCUCGGCAACCCACUGAACCUUACUCUGGGCACGGAACAGUCGCUGUCAUUGGCCGAAGCCUUGCCAUUCAAUUCCUCCCGCGUGAAUGCAAGUGUAUCCCUGACGAUGAAGACUGCGCCUGGUGCCACGUAUAAUUUUGUCACCAACUCAUAA